UGUGUAGUAAUACAUGUUGAUACAAUCCGACUAAAUAAAGGGAUCUCUUGCUGAACAACAGCAUGAAAAUCUUUAGGCAAGAUCGAUUUAUGCUAAUGCACAAAAGCUUGCUGCAACGACUACAUGUCGGAUGGCUCCUGCCUUGCUUGUCAAGAGUCAAAGAAAUAGUCUGAACUUUGUGGUAACAUAAAGCACACUUAUGUUUAGACAUAAGUAACAAGAUUGCUAACGGUUCUAAGGUGAAUUUAUUUGCUUUUAUUUAGCUUUUCGGUAAUCCCAACUAAAAUAUGAACUAAAAUAUGAAAUUAUCACAUGAUUGUAUAUGUGGCUUUGUUGAAGGAUAGGGAUCUUUUGUUAUUUCUAUAACAAAAAGAUAAUCUUCAAAAUCAGAAAAGGUCACACAACAUAUUAAAAAAGAAAGAAGAAAGUUAAAUAAAGCGCCUACGCUGCCUUACUUCUAUAGUAACAUAGAAUAUCCAACCUCACCAUAUGCGAGAAUAACUCCGUUCUAACUGCAGCUUAAACCGUAGCUGACUAGACAGGUUAGUAUGACCUGUACCCUACGUACACUAAAACGUAAAAAUGGGACAGCAAGGAGUCAACCCGCAGGAAACUUAUAAAGAUUUGAUUUCCUUCGGAACCUUAAGAAUCGUCAUUUUUUUAUAAGGCUCCUCAGAGACCUUACGUGAGGCUUCUUGUUUUUUUUAAUCACAACAAAAUGAUUCGUACCAUGAUUUAUCCACAAAAAUGUGCACCCGAUUGGAUUGUUGGAUUUACUGAUGCUGAAGGUCAUUUCAGUAUUAUUCAAUCACGAAAUAAAAUUCGGUGCCGUUUUAUUAUUUCACAAAAUGCACGUUCAAUUCAUGCCUUAUAUGCAAUCAAAGACUAUUUUGGCGUUGGACACGUAAAUUGUGCUGGUGGUAAAAUGUAUGCUUACACCGUAGGCAAUCUUAAUGAUAUCUAUGACAAAAUUAUUCCAUUUUUUGAAAAAUAUACUCUUCAUUCUAACAAAUAUUUUGAUUGGCUUUUAUUUCGGCAUGCCCUUGAAGCACAAAAAAAUCGUUCUAGUCACAACUUAUUUAGAGCGAAACUCAUUAAAAAAAAAGAUUCUAUAACACUUCAAAACCAAAUAGAGAGCUUACUACAGACUGGUUCCUCGGCUUUUGUGAUGGAGAGGCUUGUUUUACGGUAUCUCUUGUAAAUAAAGUAGUGCGUCCUCAGUUUAUUAUAGGUAUACAUCAAAAAGACCAGGAUCUGUGCUAUAAAAUAAAAAAUUUAUUAGAGUGCGGGUCUGUAUAUCAACGAAAAAGUGGAUUUAUUAUUUAUCAAAUAUCAAAGUGUGAAGAUCUUCUAAAAAAGUUGUUGCCCCUAUUAUACAUUAAUGGGAAAUAUCAUAGAUUGCGAACAAAAAAAAAUUAUGUGUCUCUUAUUUUGCUCGUAUUUUGCAAAAGGUAAAGAAAAAAGAAGACAAGACUGAUACUUGGUUAAAUCAUAUAAGAUUGUUGAAAAAACGUAUGAGUGAUUAUAAAAAAAGUAAGUAGAAGAUAAGGUCCGGACUUUUGUGUGAACAAAAGAAGUAACUAAAUCCUUCGCAUCAAAGAUGCAAAGCCAUCAUCGAUGCAAAGACUAACUAGUUAAUAUAUAGGAGAUUUAGCGAACAACAAAGUCAAGCGAAAUUCCUUGUCGCAUAAGUAGCGACCUGCAUGAAUGGUAGACUAA